UGUGGGACAGGUGUGCCGUCGGCAGUCUGCUAAGUUUAUGGCACAAAGGUUGGCAAUAUCACCAUGGAGAUGACCCCUGACCUAUCUGAAGCACACAUUGUUACUGUGUGUCACUGAGUGUCUGCUAAGAUGGAGGUGGAUGUUGAAGACAGGACAGCCACAAACAAUGGCUUUGUCAGCAGUAAAUUUUCUGUGGAAAACGAGGAGGGGACAGGAGGGCAGUUACCUGCCGGCAGACGUUCUCCGGACAGCCCUGUGUAUGAUACAAGCCCAAAAGCCAAACUUCUCGAAAAUGCAGGUGAUGUGAACAAAAAUGGAGGGGGCCGGAACGGAAAUGCGGUCAGAGAAUCUUCGGAUAGGAUUCCGAUGCACGACAGAACGGUCUCGAGGUCGUCGAGUAGUAUAAAGGAGGAUGUUAAGACGUGGGCCAAACCAAGGUCGGAUAAAAAGACAGAAAGUAAAGAGACAAAGAAAGAAACGUUGAGACCUCUGAACAGACGAUCAUCUCUAGAGAACUUUGGUCGGUUUGGACUGCUUGCUCCUGCUGUGGCUCUGGCUCCAGCUAUACAUGGGAGUGAUGAGCUGACCAAGACGUUUGUGGACCUCCAGGGGGAAAACCGAGAGUUGAAACUUGCUGCUGCUCACAUCGACGAUGCCUUGGCUGGCAGAGGGAAGUACGGGAAGGCUCGCGCCAUCUUCAAGCCCAAAUUUGCACAAAGAUGUUUCUACAUCAUCAGUAACCGUUGGUUCAAGCGGUUCCUGUACCUGGUCAUCCUGCUGCACUGCACUGUGACUGUGUGGGAACCUCCACAGCAACACAUCACUGCUGGGUCCGUGAGUGAGUACUGGUGGGUUUACCUGUGCACCUCCUUCUGUCUGCUGUGUUACUAUGUUGACAUCGCCCUGCAUAUGGCCUUCAUGACAUGGAGAGUCUACUGGGCACUGGACGAGAACAAGUGGAUGAGAGUUGAGUUUUAUCUGGUGUGCAUGUUCACAUUUGACUUCAUUAUGCUCAUCAUACAAGAAGCCAUUCCUAUGAGGUUAGCACAGCCAUUUCGGUGCUUGCGGGCAGGCAUGCUUCUCUGUAAGGCCAAGAACGUGGGCCACAUCUUUGAUGUCCUACUGUCCAUCAUUAUCAAACUGGGCAAGGUGUUUGUGAUCAUCCUAGUCUUCAUCCUGACGUUCAGUGCCAUCGGUGUGCACAUCUUCAUGGAGGCCUACCAUCACAACUGCACCACAAAUGCAACAACAGGCAUCCGUACAUGUGAAGACAGUGUGAACCAAACAGACUUUUAUACAGGAGUGUUUGACCAGAUCGGGACAAGUUCUCUGCAGCUCUUUGUGCUCCUGUCCACGGAAAACUACCCGGACUUUAUGAUGCAAGCCUUUGACAAGAACCGGGCAGCCUUCCUGUACUUUGGGAUCUUCCUGUAUGUCGGCGUGUACUUCUUAGCAGCCAUUCUACUGGCCAUCAUCGUAGACAGUUACUGGGAGUUCUCAAAGAAGCACGUGAAACGGGAACGUUCGCGGGAGAGAGCGGAGCUGGGGAAGGCGUGGAACCUGUUAGACCCUCUCGGGUCGGGACAGCUGGCUGUCAAUGAUGAGAAACUGCUCACCCUCUUCAGGAUACUUAAGCCAAAGAACACAGACGAGGAGAACAGAGAGCUGAUUAAUGAGAUUGACCAGGACACUGACGGGUUUGUGGACGCCUUCGACUGGACAACUGGGCUCAACGACGCUUUGUCCUUCGAGUUUGAGGAGUCUGAUGUGCAGGAAAUAACAAGAAUUCAUGGAACAUGCUUCACCUUUGUGAUUGAUGUCUUCAAAAGAGUGGCACAGGCCACGGUGUUUUCCAUCUUCAUCCUGGUGCUGAUCGGGAUCCACUGCAUCCUCUUCUGUGUGCGCUGGCACACCAUGACCCUGAACGAUGAACUCAUUGUACAAGCGAUCAGGUCAGCCAUCGUGUUCCUGUUCCUGGUAGAGAUCAUCAUCCGGUUCAUUGGUCUGGGGAAGAAGAUGCUGGAUCCCCUGGAGCUGGCAGACAUGUUCAUGGUGGUCAUAGCCAUCGUGGGGAAUGUUGUCUGGUAUGUGGUGGUGUAUGUGAACCAGAGCGAUGUGCCGGUACCGGUGUAUCGAGGUUGGUGCGUGGUCGUGUCGUCCAUGGCAGUUUUCAUCAGGCUGGGGUUCAACUCCUCACAGACCAAGAAAGCGUUUGUGCUCUUCAUGAAGAUCUACCCGGUAAUGUUUGACCUGCUUCUGCUGGUAUUCAUCAUCAUCUACAUGUACUCCACACUGGGGAUGGAGAUCUUCUUCCGCAAGGACCCCAGUACAAUAAACAUGGACUAUGAUACCUCCCUGUGGGACUACGAGUGUGGACUUGGAUUCCAAACUUUCUUGUGUUCCCUAGCUGUUGUGUUUCAAGUUGUGACCACCAGUAACUGGCAUGAGAUCAUGAAUGCAGCGAUUCUGAACACCAAUUAUGCAGCCCUGCUCUACUUUGUCAGCUGCUACAUUGUGGUCAACCUGGUGGUCAUGAACCUGUUUGUUGCCAUUGCCAUCGAAGCCUUCAACAAGUUGGGAAAGAACGAUGAUGAUGAUGUUGGACAGCUCCAGAAGGAGAAGACCACCUUUGCUGACACUGCCAAGAAUUUCUUAAAUGCAGUGUUUGAGAGCACCAGAAGCCAGAACAAGUUGGAGGAUGGACUGCCCAAACCAAACCCUGAGGUCCUGAGAAAACCAUCUUUAAGACCCACGACCACACCUCCUGAAGACAGUGACGAGGACAAAGAGGAGGACCUGUCUGGUCUGUCUAAGGAGGAGAGGAUGCAGAGGAGGAUGAAGAACAGGAAGAGAAACAAGAGGAAACAGGCGACUGGGAAGCUAAGGGCUAUCCAGGCUUUCGAGGCCAACGGCUCUAAUGAACUGGACCUCAAAGUUGGAGAUGAAGUCGAUGCAUUAGAAAAGAAAGGUGACUGGUACAAGGGAAGAAAACUUGGUUAUGACAAAGUGGGAUGGUUCCCUGUGACCCACGUGGAGGAGUUAGGCAGACAGAGCAGCGUGGACUCUGGCAAAAGCCUGGAGGAGCCUCCUGAGCAGCCUGCCACCCGGUCUGGAGUGGUGCAAGUAGAGCCUGCACCACAGCCGGCACCUAAGAUUGAGACACCCAGAAACAGUGUUACCACACUCUCACCCCGAAACAGUCUGACUGACCCUCCCAGGCUCUCUGUGGAUAGUGUAAAUGGAACUCUGUUGGACAGACCUCGUCUGAAGAAAAAGAAGAGCACCUCAGAGUGGAGGAGGAGCAUCCUGGGGGACAUGACUGUCAUGAACCCAGAGGAGAUGAAGGAGCUCAACAAGAUUGUAAAGGGAGGAAUAAGAAUGUCAUCCAGAAGGAACCGGAAUAGUAUUGGGAGGAAACCAACAGUGUCAUCCAUGUCAUCGGAUGAUGGGAUACAAGAAGAGCCUGAAGAAGAGGAGGAGGAAGAAAACCCAAUGUUCCUGUCCACGUACCCGUCAAUCAACACCACCAGCAGCCAGAUGAAUCCUGGGAAGUCUGGUUCACCCCCCGCCACGCCAGCUCGGAAGUUAACACCUCAGGUGUCACUACAGGCUCCACAGGUGAUAGUUGAACCUGACCAGCCCAAGCUACCUGAAGUGAUAGAGGAGGAGGAGGAGGAAGCAGAAGAAGAAACAUCUAAAAACUCAUCAUUGCUAGGAGUGUCAGGAGGCCCCAAACCUCCCCCCAAGAAGAACAAGACAGGUGAGAUGCCUGACUGGGCCAAGAAGUUUGUCCAGGAGAAGAACCUGAAGGUGGAAGCAGAUCUCAAGACAGCAGACAUCGAGGAGGGAGGAGGGUCUUCAGACGACGAAAAAGCCAGCCUGAAGCUGGAGGUGGGACUGGCCAUACCUGGAGCAGUGAACAGCAGUCAGGAGGCAGAGUCUGAAGUAUAGCAGGACACAAAAACACCUGCAGUAGGGAGGCAGGGCGCAGAAGUUUACUUACACCCCUAUAUGUUGUUGAGGUCUAGAAAGCUAAUCAAUGUACUGUAAAUUCAUUUACUUCGUAGAGAGGUACAUGUAGUAAUUUCCUGGUAGAAUGGGAAAAGGUAUUUUUUUGUCGUGUUUUGAAGUUCACAGUUGAAACAAUUCUGUAGUACAUUAAUAAUACAUUUCAAAAUGUAUGUUUGUAGUUCCAUGAAUUCGCAGUGCAAAAAUGAAACUGCAAACAUUUAAGAUUUACAGCCACAAAUUUUAAGGUGCUUAAAGAAUUGGGAAUAUGUUUCAUACAUUUUGUAUUUUUUUCCAAAACCCUUCUUUUAUAUGAUGCAUCAUGGACAGUCAUUCAAAGAUGUGCAAUCUGUGAUUGAGAUGAUUUUUAGGGUAGUUGGGAGAUGAAUUCUAGAGUUCUCUAUUGAUGAAUACGUUAUGCCAGUUUAAGGUAUCAUAAAAUAGGUUUGAAGUUCCUUGUGUGAAUGUAUGUAAUGAAAGACACUGGUUGUUUUUACAAGGUAACAGUUGUCAGACUUGAAAAAAAGCUUCUCAAAAAAGUCUCAUACUCUUACCCUCUGAAUACCCCCUAGCAUAGUACCCGGUAGUUAAUGUCGUGUUGGUUUUGGAGAAAUGUCAGGUUGCAUCACAAACUAAUCCCCGCAGGUCCUGUUGUCAAAAUCACUGUGCAGAUUAAUGUGUUUAUCAGUUUUGAUGAUUCAUAUUUUUUAAACUAUGAUCAGAUGUCUUAAGGUCACACCAAUAAAUUUUUCUUGGUUCUCGGACAUUCCUUAAACUUCAAAGAGUGGUUGAGAUGAAAACAGCAGGAAUGAAAAUCUGGGUACAUUCACUCCGUGGCCUCAAGGAAAUUUCCAGCAAAUGAUAUUUUUGUAAUGUCCUCAGGAAUCUCUAAACUUUAUUAUAUCAGGAUAUCUUUGGGAAAAUGUGAAACACCCUUACGAAGUUAUUGUACAGCUUUGGGCAUACAGUAGUAAUAAUUAAUGAAAUUAUGAAACCUAGUUUUUGAACCUAUACUUCACAAUGUAGUUCUGACUUACUAACUUUUAGACAGAUCUAAAGGCAGUUGUUUUUUUAAACAAUGGUGUUUGUAAUUUUUGUAUCUGACUAAUGUAAAUAUAUGGUGUAAAUAUAUAUUUAUAUAUAUUUUUAUGAUGUAAAUAUGCUGGAAAUGAUGAAAGAUUACCUGUACAUUUUUGUAUACUUUCUGAAUGAGAAGAAAAAGUGGACCAAAUAAAACACUCAGAAUGGC